AAAGGCGGAUUGUUCGAGGCGAUAUUUACUCGCUGACCACAUUGCUAAUUGUGUUGCUAGACAACAACUUAAAAUGCUUGGAAACCAUAUCAUGUUUAAAUAUGCUGGGUCAACAAUUGCAACUGUCCAUUGUAUUGAGUUACAUGGUAAGUCCGCAAGUUCCAGAGGCCAUUUAAAGUUAUUUAUGUAAAAAAAAAAAAAAAAAAAUCUAGAAAAAAACCCCAACAACUAGAUAUUUAAUUUCCUAUAUAGUUUUCUAUAUUCUUAUACGUGAUAGGAAGUGUCAUACUUCGUAUACACAUCAGCCUUGCUGAAGACUCCAGCUUGGUCUGAAAAGCUACCAGCUGCAAAAACACGGGCUGAGCUGGUCAAACUUGUAGACCAUCAGUGCCAGCUGGUAAGUUAUUUUACAGCUUCCUUAUUGCCUGGCUAAAGUGAUCAAUAAAUGUUUGAGAUUUUUUCAUUGCCUUGCUCUGUGUUAGUUUCUUAAAAACUGGAAAGGCAAGAAGAUGAGAAAAACUGUUUCCAUCUACGCAAAUGGUAAAGAUGGUCUGUCCCUGUGUUUUGGCAGCUGGAUAUUUCAGCUGGGAGCUCCAAGAAUUUUUUAACAGUUUACAAUUUUGUUUAAUAAAUCAUUACAUUUUAAUGUAUUACAUGCUUAUUUAAUAAUAUUUUCCUUUUAAUAUUAUGAAAAUAUAGUUUGCACGUCAUCGUUCCCUCUUGUCCCAGUUUCUUGGUGGUGGCUAAAACUACUCAGUCCUAGUAACAGGCUAUAAAGCAAUCAUUAACAUUAAAAUCAUAUAUGGCUGUAGAAAAGCCUAGUGGUGAACCUACAGAGUCAUCAGGCCACCUGCACUACAGGCACAGAGUGUACCUGAAGCUCCUAGUGCUUUCAUUACAGGCAGUUCCUAAUUUAACCUAAAUGACCAAUGACCAAAUAAGGUCUCUCUCCUCCCAUUGCUUGGGGGUGGUGCUGAAGGAACAGCUCCCAGUUUCCAUCCUGCUCUCUGUCAGGUCCGCUCAGGGAUCAUCCCACCGGUGAAGCCAUGAGGGGCUCUGCAAAGACAUGAAUCACCAAAGUUCUUCUCAUGAACCGGAUCUAGCUCUGAAGACGGAAGGAUACUUGAUUAGCUAACUUAAGAUGAUGAAGAGGCAGAACGUGCGCACGCUCGCUUUAAUUAUUUGCACCCUGUCCUAUUUGCUAAUUGGAGCGGGAGUCUUCGACGCGCUGGAGUCGAAGCAAGAAAAAAGCCAGCGGGGAAAGCUGGACUAUCUCAAGUUUCAACUGAUGAUCAGGUAUAAUCUGUCCAGAAGCGACUUCGAGGAGAUUGAGAAAGUGGUCUUGCUUCUGAAGCCGCACAAAGCCGGAGUGCAGUGGAAGUUCGCCGGCUCUUUUUACUUCGCCAUCACUGUGAUAACGACCAUAGGUUAUGGCCAUGCUGCCCCCAGCACAGAUGCAGGGAAAGCGUUCUGCAUGGGCUACGCGCUUCUGGGCAUCCCACUCACUCUAGUGAUGUUCCAGAGCCUGGGCGAACGCAUUAACACCUUUGUCCGCUUCCUGCUGCACAAAGCCAAGAAGUGUGUGGGUCUGCGACGACCAGAGGUCUCCAUGGCCAACAUGGUGACUAUCGGCUUCUUCUCUUGUGUUGGCACUCUUUGCAUUGGGGCAGCUGCCUUCUCACAUUAUGAGGGUUGGAGCUACUUCCACGCCUUCUACUACUGCUUCAUCACUCUGACAACCAUCGGUUUUGGGGAUUAUGUGGCUCUGCAGAAGGACAAUGCGCUCCACAAUGACCCCCAUUACGUGGCCUUUAGCUUUGUCUACAUUCUGAUGGGCCUGACGGUAAUUGGUGCCUUCCUCAACCUGGUGGUGCUGCGUUUUAUGACCAUGAACGCAGAAGAUGAGAGGAGGGAUGCAGAACAACGGGCUCUGCUCUCCAAAGACAAGCAGAAAGUGCAGCCUCCCUGCCACACCAACCUCCAAACCUUACAGACACAGGAGCAGGAUGCUAAGAGGCAAGGACUAAAGAGUGUCUAUGCCGAGGUACUUCACUUCCAGACUGUCUGCUCCUGCUUGUGGUAUAAGAGCCGGGAGAAGAUGGUGAUGCUUCCGCAGGACUUGUCCCUCAGCGAUGCACUCAUGGAGCAGGGUAACUUCUUUGAGCCAGACUCCACAGGCUGUGUGUGUAGCUCCCAGCGCUGCUCAGCCAUUAGCACUGUGUCUACUGAUGUGAGGAGCAUCUCCCCCUUCAGACUGCUCUCCAAGAGACGCAGCUCUGUCUAGAUGUGUAGCACAGGUGAUGACAGAAGAUAGAUUGCUCACAAAAACUCUGCUACUGUAUGUUUCUGCAAUACAUGCAUGCAUUCAGGUACAGAUGCUGGAGCACAGCCCUUGAAGUGUAUGUACAAAGAGGAAAGCCAGAGUAGGUUGGGAAUUAUCGUGUCUUAAUGACACAGUACCUCUUACAUGUGUCACGUGUGUGUGAAAUGAAUUGUCUCCUCCUGAGACCAUAUAUACUUUAAGAAGGUAAUAAUGGACUUCUUGCUACUUCAGAAUUACAUUAUACUCCUUAACAUGGUGCAAUACAAUGUGCAUAAAAAACAUAAUUUCAACAGUGCUUUAUUAAGACAAUACCAAGAGCAUACCUUAUUAUCUCCUCGAAUCACUUCUCAAACCUCAAAAUUUAUUACUAAUUAAUUAAGACAUAUUGUAUCAGUCAAGUUCUUAUUGUUUUGUGAUCACAAGUUUUAUGUCUGUAUGAUGUCAUCAUUUAAUCACUUUCAUUUGAAAAUUCUAUGCUGCACAAUGUGCUAUAAUCAACUUUGCACCAAUAUUCUGUUUUAAAUGAGUCAAUUUGUAUGACUUUAAUUAAAUAAAGAACAUUUUAUGUACUGUAGAUUAAAUGUACUGUAGAUUAAAAAAACUGUACA